AUGGCCGCUUACGUAGCAAUCGUCAGAGAACUGCUCCAUGAGUUCACAGAAUACAAAGUGGAAAGAAUUCUAAGAGAAAAGAACACUCAUGCAGACUAUUUGGCCAAGUUAGCAUCGGAUAACAAAAUAGAGAGACUGGGGGUGGUACCCGUUGAACACCUCGCGGAGCCAAGUAUUAGAGUCAUAGAAACUAUAGCUACAAAUGAGCAAGAACCGAGUUGGAUGGACUCCAUCAUCAAAUACAUAACGAGAGGAGAGUUGCCUCAGGAAAGGGCCUUAUCCAGGAUGCUACAAUAUCAGGCGCAUCGAUGUGUAAUGAUGGAUAAUGUCCUUUACUAA